GGCAGUUGCAGAGAGGUAUUUGGGUGUGUGAGACUUGACAUCAGAAGAAUUACAGGGUGUGUCCCAUCCUUUCAGAUUUUUUUUGUUUUUUAAACUAGGAAAGUCAGUUAAGAAAAAAAAAAUCAUAUUUACAAUGACGGCCUACAACAACCAAACGACGCUGUGCCAAAUGUGGGCCACCCAAUUAUAGCCAGUUAGUGAUAGAGCCUGGAUUUGAACCACGGUGUCUGUUGUGAAAUCUCAAGCACUGAGAUACAGUGCCUUAGACCACUGUGCCACUUGAGAGCCCAGUUAGGACUAGGGAUGGCCUGAGGUAGGACUUAAUAGAUUAAAAUAGUGCAGUAGAGUCUUUUUUUAAAUUUUAUAAUUUAUUUUGUGAGUAUUGUGUUAGGGUAUUUGUUUAUUUAUUCAAAGCAAAUUAUAAGGGAGUUGUACUCCAGUCUAGUAGGUGGCGGUAAAUCAACAUUUAUUGGAUGCCAACCACCGUUAAACUUCAACGAAGAAGAAGGAGUGUUUCCGUCAAGAUGGCUGUCGGUGCCUUCCCCAUCGCCAAGCUCCUCUACCUCGGUGUACGGCAGCUCAGCAAGCCCGUAGCCAACAGGCUCAAGGCCGGGGCUCUCCGGAGCGAGUUCUUCAAGACAUAUGUUUGUCUUCCACCGGGACAGAUUUACCACUGGGUGGAGAUGAGGACCAAGAUGAGGAUCAUGGGUUUUCGGGGUUCCACCAUCAAGCCCCUGAACGAAGAGGCGGCAGCAGAGCUGGGUGCAGAGCUGCUGGGGGAGGCCAUCAUCUUCAUCGUCGGAGGUGGGUGUAUGAUCCUGGAGUACAGUAGACAGGCGGCCAACUCUAAGAGGAAGGAAGAAGAGCUGAGUCACACCAUUGGCAGUCUGCAGACACAGAUAGGAGAGCUGACCUUGAACACAGAGACACUGGAUGCCAGGCUAAGGGAGGUCAACAGGCUGCUGCUCUCCUUACCACCGCCUGUUACCACGCAAGCUCCUGUUUCGGAUCCUGCUAUCACUCUGGAAUCCUCUUCUGUGGAUCCCAGUCAAAAGUGAUGCCUGUGUAAUUUCUGAAUCAGCCUGAUGGUCGUCAGAUCUGUUUGCCUUUAGCCAAGUUCUCGCUCAUGUCAUAACUAACCUUUUCAUAUCUGUCUCUCUCUCAAUGUAGUGUUGUCAGACGAGACUAAAGGACUCUACACACGCACACACACACACUCUGCAAACGGAGCGACGGAGAUCCGUUUGUGUCGAUCCCUGCUUACUUUUGUACGGCUGAAUUUAUGGAGUGGACCGUGUGUGGGUGUGUGUGGAGUCCUUUCCGUCUAGGUUAUGAUGCCACACGAGUCAGCUCUUGGCUAAAACAGACAGAUCUCUGUCCACCAGGUUAUGUCUGUUAAUAAAAGGACUGUGACACUUAACCGUAUGCUUCCCAGAUGAAACAGUCUGUGCAGAUAUUAUAUUUGCUUUGUCUUUGGCAGGUGUGUUUUUUUUUUCUUGAGGCAAAAGUCUAUGUUCAGUACUCCUAGUAGGAACUAUUGACCAUAUUCUUCAAUGAAGUGUUUGUCAUUCAAGUAGCCUCUUGCUGAGAUGUUCUAGUUUUCAGGAGAAAUGGAAAGAGGGCAUUAACAAAAGCAAUACCAUCUUAACUCCGCCUCCGCAUUUACUGGAUUGGUUGAACAUUGCAGAAGGGAACCUCCCACUGACAGUUUCCUAUUCUCCUGGUCAAGACUAGUUUUCAUGCACAUGUUUUCAAUUGAGAAAUACAGAACCAAACAUCUGUUAGAUGGGGAAAUUGAGCAACUUAAGACUUCCUCUGCAAAAAAAAUGUCAACAUUUUAUUAUAGAUUUCUUGAUGUUUUGAGGGAAGUGUUACUGGGUAUGUUGCUACGGUGGCUCAAAAGGGACAAACCACAGUGUAGAUCCACUUUUUUCCCUCCCUAAUUUUUCAAGUGAUGUUCAUUAAGGCGAGCAGAUGUUUGCUGAGUUCUGCUAGAUGCAAACCGACCCUCUAUGCAGAUGCCUUUUAUCAGUUAAGGGGAGAGAAGUGCAACCACAACACAGUACUGUCUGUCUGCUGAUAUAUAUAUAUACAUACAUACAUAUAUAUAUAUCCUUAUAUAUAUAUAUAUCCUUAUAUAUAUAUAUAUCCUUAUAUAUAUAUAUAUAUAUAUAUAUAUAUAUAUAUAUAUAUAUAUAUAUAUAUAUAUAUAUAUAUAUAAGGAUUUCCUGUAGAGCUGGGUGUGAGUGGACCUGACUCUAAUUACUGGGGGGGGUUUUGCUGUGUGUCAGGGGCUGAUGUUGGAGCAAUGACUCGCUGUCAUAUAGUGUAUUCAUUUUUUUUUGGGGGGGGGGGGGGGGGGUUCAAUGCUUUAUUUAACACUGAACAUUUGUUUUAAACACAACAUGUAAAGUGUUGACCCCAUGUUUCAUGAGCUGAAAUAAUAAAAAAUCCCCCAAAUGUUUCCUCACAAACACACACACACACACACACACACGCACGCGCGCACGCACGCACGCGCACACGCACACGCACACGCACACACACACACACACACAGCUUAUUUCUCUAAAAUGUUGUGCGUGAAUUUGUUUACAUUCCUGUUAGUGAGCGUUUUCUCGUUUGCCAAGAUUAAUCCAUCCACCUGAAAGUUGUGGCAUAUCAAGAAGCUGAUUUAAACCGCAUGAUCGUUACACAGGUGCACCUUGUGCUGGGGGACGUUAAAAAGGCCACUUUAAAAUGUGCUGUUUUGUCAUAAAACACAAUGCCACAGAUGUUUUGAGGGAGUGUGAAAUUGGCAUGCUGACUGCAGGAAUGUCCACUGGAGCGGUUGCCAGACAAUUGAAUGUUAAUUUAUCUACCAUAAACUGUCUCCAAUAUAUUUUUGAGGUUAUUUGUCAGUACGUCCAACCGGCCUCACAACCACAGACCAUGUAUAACCACACUAGCCCAGGACCUCCACAUCAGGCUUCUUCACCUGCGGGAUUGUCUGAGAUGCUGGGUGCUGAGGAGUAUUUCUUUUUUUUUGACCUUUUGUGGGGCAAAACUCAUUCUGAUUAGCUGGGCCUGCCUCCCCAGUCAUGUUAAAUCCAUAGAUUAGGGCCUAAUGAGUUUAUUUGAAACACACCACCUAUAUUAAACAGUGAUUGGUUUGGUUUGGUGAUGGUAAUAGAGUGACUGCAUGGGGAUCUAUUAUGCUUAGACGAGGAGGAGACCAUGUGACCUGACCAGGAAACACUGUCAUAUAGGGCCAGUGUUUCCUGGUCCCUCCUCCAGUCCCCCCAACAGCCCAACUCCAGUCUUCCAGUACCCCCAACAGCCCAACUCUAGUCCUCCUGUACCCUCAACAGCCCAACUCCAGUCCUCCAGUACCCCCAACAUCCCAACUCUAGUCCUCCAGUACCCCCAACAGCCCAACUCUAGUCCUCCAGUACCCCCAACAGCCCAACUCUAGUCCUCCAGUACCCCCAACAGCCCAACUCCAGUCCUCCAGUACCCCCAACAGCCCAACUCUAGUCCUCCAGUACCCCCAACAGCCCAACUCUCUAGUCCUCCAGUACCCCCAACAGCCCAACUCUAGUCCUCCAGUACCCCCAACAGCCCAACUCCAGUCCUCCAGUACCCCCAACAGCCCAACUCUAGUCCUCCAGUACCCCCAACAGCCCAACUCUAGUCCUCCAGUACCCCCAACAGCCCAACUCCAGUCCUCCAGUACCCCCAACAGCCCAGCUCUAGUCCUCCAGUACCCCCAACAGCCCAACUCUAGUCCUCCAGUACCCCCGACAGCCCAACUCCAGUCCUCCAGUACCCCCAACAGCCCAACUCCAGUCCUCCAGUACCCCGGACAGCCCAACUCCAGUCCUCCAGUACCCCGGACAGCCCAACUCCAGUCCUCCAGUAUCCCCACUCAUUUUUUGUUGUUGGCCCAGAUGACAAAUUCCUUUGAUUCAACUAAUUGAGGAUGAAGUUGAAUCGGGUGUGCUUGUUUGGGGCUACAACAACAAUGUGUUCUGUUGUAGGACUGGAGGUGGGAAACACUGCUAUAUGGGGUGGAAAAACUACUCAAAUCUCAUUCUGUAGUAAAAGGGAAGAUAUUUUAAUAGAAAAUUACCACUUGAGUAAAAGUAUUUGGUUUUAAAUAUACUUAAGUAUCAAAAGUAAAUGUAUUUGCUAAAAUAUACUUGAGUAUUAAAAGUGUGAAUAAUAAAAAAUUCCUUAUAUUAAGAAAACCA